CAUAUUUUGCAGUGUAAAAUGUUUGUUAAAUGCAUUUUAAGCUUCCACCACAUGUGUUUAGUUAGAAAGGUUGGGUACCUUUAGCUAGCAGUACAAGAGUUUUGAGACUGCUGAAGUAUUUAAGGUAGCAUGAAGGAUUAGCUAGAAAUGUCUAAGUUCAAUAUAAGGAAAGAUCUGGGCAGUUUUUUUCAGGGUCUACUCUGGUGAAACUGGAUAAAGGCAUGUGAAGGGGCAAUGAAACCCAGUACAGAAUUCAAGCCCUUCAAAUAAUGAAUACUGCAUGUUGUCACAAAAAUCAAAAAAAGGCACAGAAAGGUUUGGGGUAGUCACCUGUAUAUUAUUCUCUGACGGUAAAAUGGUUUAAAGGUUUGUACUGCUGUAUACAGAUUGGAGUCCAGAAUAGAACUGAUGGGAUGGAGGAAAGGUGACAUCUUUAAAGGCCAGUACUGUAUAUGAAGUGACAUCAAAGGGACAGGAACCGGGAAUGACAUCAUCAGGGCCACGUGGAAUUUCCCAUGAAUGGUCUACAGAAAAGCAAGAAAAAGAGUCAGCACACUCCUCUAACUCCCAGUCUGGCUCGGAAUAACUCUUAUUCAAGCCCUUUAGCUGCCUCCAAUAUGCACAACUGUGACGAGGGUUUCCUGGGAAGGGCUGUUUUCACCUUUAAAUAUAUUAUGUACACUAUUGCCCUACCAUGUUUCUAGUUUGAGUGUGAAAGUAUUUGUGAGAGAGUGGAUUAGGCACAGCUAAAGAUUAGAGGAACAAGGAAUGUUUGUUUUAGGAACCACAUGCAGUUUUUUUUUUUCUUAAAUACAAAUACUAUACAUGAAUUCUCGUUGAUGAUGUUAAGAAGGAUUUAAUUAAGGUUGAUCGUUAGUGUAUUAUCGAAAUCCCAGUAAAAGUCAAGUUAUGAUGUAGGAUAUAUGGCCACCUCAUGUCUCAAAGAUUAUUGUACUGAUAUUUUACGCAAUUCUCCCAGACAACCAUUUAUCAAUUUCUGCAGCUACUAUACUUACACCUACAAAACACAUACUGCAUGCAAUCUAUACUGGCUACAGAGUGUGUCAGUUAUAUUAUUAUUGGUACUUAUAGUAUGCUGAUUAACAUGUGUUCAUAUUAUUUAAAAUAUUGUAAUUCAUUUUCUAGCAAAAAUCACUUAAUGCGGUUUUUCAAUUUACUGGAUAUACUUUAGGUUUAAAUUAACACAUGGCAUUUACUUAUUAUUUUUUUGGCAGCCAACAUUUACAUAAAUAUUGAGUUUCACAAAUAGAGACACUUUGCAUGUGAUAUGGGAGAUAGAAACAUAUGAUGGAAGAUCUUGUCGUCUUGCAAAGAGUAAAAAACAUCCUCCUGAAAACAGCUGCAAGUUUACAAUACAUAUUACUUAUUAAUUAAAAUGAAGUUAAAAUGAUUUGGUAUUUUGCAUUUAAAUAUCCCCUAAACAUUAUUUAUUUAUUUACAGUAUUUCCACUUUUAUAUCUGGACAUAGCACUCAGUAAUUCUGAACACAAUAAGCUCUAUUUAAAACAUAAUAGACAUGGAGAAUGCAGUAGUCAUUCUUUAUUUAUUGUUAUACUGAAACAUAAAACAUUCAUCAACAGGACUUCAAUAUUAAAUGUUAAUUCAAUAUAAUAUAAUCAUAAAAUAAUAAAUAUGUCAUCAAAUGUUAAUGAAAUAAUAGUUUUUACUUUAUAUUUCAAAAAGUGUUUGGCCUGGCUGAAAAUAAAGAUAAGUGGGUAAGUGCAGUGUCUUAAUGCGCUCUCAAAAUCCUAGCAAAUAAAAAAAAUAACCGCAAUUAUGUAUUGAAAUAUAUACAUAAUUUUUGUUUUUAUUUAUUUAAUUUCUAGCCAUUUAUCAUAUGGAUGUUGAGGUGUGCAAAUCAAUUAAUCUGACAUGUGGUAAUUUCACUAAUAAAGACAUUUUGCAUGUGAUAUGGGAAAUUGAACCAUAUGUUGGAAAAUCUUGCCGUCUUGCAAAGAGCAAAAUACACCCACCUGAAGACAGCUGUAAGGAUAGAAGACAAGUUAAAAGUAAAAUAGGAAGGAAUAAUACUGAAGAGCAGUUUUACCUGCAUAUCCCUGAAGUGGAAUAUAGGCAUGAAGGAAUUUACAAGUGUGAAGCUGUUUACAAUGGGGGUGCCUGGAAAGAACAUAUUUAUUUAAAUGCCACAGUUCCUCCAGAUAUAUUUACAAGUAUUAAACGCACAUCUGAUGCUAAACUCAUGCUAGUUUGUCAAGCAGCCAAUGCAAAACCAGCUGGAAAUAUUUUUUGGUCACCAUGGAAAAAUUCAUCUCAAAAGCACACUACAAACUCCAAUGGAACCAUUACCGUGGAAAGCUGGGUCAUUAUACCAGCUAAUGAAACACUAGAAAAUGUUUUUUGUAAUGUGCAGCAUAAAGCUUGGAGUACAAUACAUUAUGGACAUUUUGAAAACCUACAUGGCGAAGAGAACGGACUUCAAGAAAUACGUUUAUGGAUGGCUAUUCCUGUGAUUUUAUGCAUUGUUUUUUUAGUCUAUACUCAUUAACUAACGAUUCAGGAGAAAAUAUAUACUGUAUGAAUAUUCUGUCAGUCAUACAGUAACUCUAUCAUCUGGAUUUUGAAUUGUUCAGCCAAUCAUUCUUUAUUGUUAUAAUAGCCAACACACAAGGUAUAUAUCAAUUAUACUUGUUUUUAUAUUGUCAGCUCGUGUUCCCAUGAUGCACUGUGGGAAAAAGUGGCACUGCUGCAGCACAGGGUGGCUGCAAUUUGCCAGUCCAGGCGGAUAAUGUCCUGUGUAUUCUAUAACCCCUGGUCUGUCUAGGCCAGGAUCCUGGCCAUCCCUCACAUUUGUUACUACCAUUGUUUUUGCACUGUCUUUAUUUGAUUUUAAUAUGUAAAAUGA